AUGUCGCGCGGCGGCGGCGGCGGCCAGCCGUCGUGCGCGUCGGUGUCGUUCGGCAAGUACCUAGCGAAGCGCUUCACGGGGAAGCCGAGGAGGCGGAAGAGGCCGGCGGCGGGUGGCGGCGAGGUGCGCGUGUCGAAGGAGCUGGUGGCUAGCUCGCCGUCGUUGAAGUCGUCGGAGCCGGUGGUGCGGGUGGUGCUGCAGAGCGGGGUGGUGGAGGCGUACGCCGGGGUGGUGCUGGCCUGCACGGUGAUCCGGAACCACCCGCCGGGGCUCUGCCUCGCCUACCCGGACGUGUUCCGCAACCCUCACGGCGCCCGCGUCCGCCCGCUCGAGCCGCUCUUCCCCGGCCAGAAGUUCUUCCUCCUCACCGAGCACACCAUGGAGUGGCUCCAGCGGAGAAUCCCCGAGAGCUCCGUCGGCGCCUUCGACGAGACACGGGAGGAGGAAGUGCGCCGCGAUGCAAUCGAGGACGACGCCACAGCCUCGGAGACGACGACUUCGGAGGAGGACACGCAGGAUUGCAGCAGCGCCGCCGCAUCGUCGGAGGAGGACGACGACCGCGCCACGCGCAGCUGGUGCUGCGCGAGGGAGUACUUCGAGGCGAAGGAGCGGUGGGAGGCGCGUCAGUUCAGGCAGAUGGUGGCGCGCGGGCUCGCCGUCGAGGAGAAGGACCGGAAGAAGGAGACCGUGACGAACAAGAAGAAGAAACGAGGCAAGAAUAGCAAGGGGAAGAGAACGAACAAGAGAGGCCUCGCCGGCGUAGCGUCGACGAGGUGCAGCACGGCGACAGCGCCGGCGACGGCGAGGAGGACAUGGGAGCCCAGCCUGCCGUCGGUGGUGGAGGAGGAGAGCUCCCCUCUCCAGCCUCCAUCAGAGACCACCAGCUGCAGAAUCUGAUCACAUUCACAGACCUCGCCACCUUGCUCGAUCGGAAUGACACGAUUAUUUUUUGGUUGGUUUCAUCAGCUUGAAUUGU